AUGUCUUUCAUGGUCAUGACCCAGAAGCAUGUCGAUGCAUCGAUCGUCACGUCAAGGAGAAGCGAAUCAUCCAUACUCGCACAGAUAGAUGAUCGACUACAAAGAGUGAUCAACCGCACGAAAUCAGUCACAGAUGGCCGCAACAGCGAAGGAGGCAGAAGCAGAAGGAUACGAUCCAACCUUGGACGAAAGCGAACAGCUGCCGGCGAAAGCCAGAAUCGUCAAUCUCUUCCUGCAAGUACCGCCUUCAACCUUAUGGGCGAUGCCUUGCGUCGUCGCGAAACCAAUGGUAACCUAAUCACUACUCCAUCAACAGGCAGAGGUUCUCAAGAUCCAGAAAGGGUUUCAAUAUCUGACUUCCCAACUCCUCCAGCGCACCCUCACCAGGCAGGCGGCGAAGAACGACGGUCGAACGAUAGCACACUGAUCGAAGCUACUAACGGAGCAGCAUUUGAGAUGGAACCAUUGCCAAAUCCCAUUGCGCUAGACAAGUCAUUCGCCAUUCGCAGUAUCGAUCUGUUGAUCACGUCGCACCCCGAUCUGCAAUCCGAACUCGACGUUGUCAAGAAGGCAAUUCAAAACCAUGAGAACGAGCUCGAAGCCUCGAAAGACAUCGCCGAGCGACAGCUACAACAGAAGUUAGACGAAAUGAUGCAAGAAAGUGAGCUCCUGCAAAAAUCUGUGAAUGACAAGGACGGCUUCAUCUGUGAAGUGUUUGAGAAGCUGGACAAGUAUGACGACCAACUCGAUCAAAAUGCACGAGAGCUCUCUGAUGCAAACAAUCGUGUGAUAUGGUUUGAGAAUGAGAUCGAGCGCCUCACUGGGAUUGCACACCGAACGCAACGUGAGCAUGCACAGGAGCAUUCCAACAACGAACGUCAGAAGAGGCUAAUGAUUGAGGAGUAUGAGGAGAAGCUGAAGGCGGAAAUGACGAAGUUGGAGAAAACCUGCCAGGCAAAACAAUUGGAAGUCGAAGACCGCAUGACGCAGACCCUCAACCUCUAUCGAAAUUAUUUCAACCAGCAGCAGCAUUUGUACCGCACGUAUUUUGGUCCAUUCGGUCAAGAUAACGUCGUUAUGCCGGCUGAGACUGGUAUGAGUAGGCUUUCCAACAUGCCAGCGCCCUCAGAGAACCCAACUAAUGAUGGAGAUGGAAGAGACGAGAGCGCGAGUAAGUCCCCCAAGCGCGAGAACCCGAACCAAGAGGCAAACCCCAGUCAAUCUGCAUCCUCCAACGGCCCUGAGUUCAUGAACUAUCUGGAGUCGCGUCCAUACGAGGUCUCGCCGGGCGUUAAAAUUCUCGUUCCAACACCAUAUCUACACUUGACACACUCCACGACUGCACUCCGAGACGACGACUCUACCGCAGGUUCUGACAAUGGUGAAGUAGAAAGUAUCCUAAUGCGUCCUCAAGACAUACAAGCCCACUUCAACGCUGCAAACGCUGCAAACGCCACCACUAAUUCAAAGUCCGCUGUCUCUACUAGCAAAUCCACUCGACAAGCGACCAAGAGUCAAUCAUUGGACCCAAAGAAGACAGUUCGAUUUGAGGAAGAUCCGCGUCAGAGCGAGGCAUCGCAUUUCCAUGCUCUUUAG